AUGUGGGUGUUUGGUAAUGGUAGUGGGUCCGCUCAUAAGAGUAGCAUCGAGGAAGCAAACAAGCACCUCGCAGCAAUGGCCGAGAAAAUCGAGGAGCUUGAGAAGACAAAUGAGGCUCUGAAGCAGGAGAUUCUUGAAAAGGACGAACGAGCGACGCUUUGCAUAAAACAACUAAACGACAACCAUCAUACUGAAGUGGCUGAACUCAACUCCAAAAUCAAGGACCACCUUUCCACUAUUCGCACUCUUCAGAGUGACGUGAAGCGUCGCGACACCGAACUGAAUAUCUUGCGGCAACGCGCUCGCAUGCUGGAUGAAGUGAUGCGCUACAAGGCUAGUUUGGCCAAGUUGACCAUCACCUUAGAGCAGGCGGAACAAUAUUCGCGUUCGGUGGCUGGCCGAGCGGGUCUCAAUGAUCCUCGGUUAGCUGUUAAUGGCAGCACUGGCAGUAGCAGCUUGACGGUAUAUACCGAGCCCUCGCCCCGUAUCAAUCCCUCCGGUUCCGACGUACCACCCUACUACUUAGUGGAUGAGAUGCCAGAUGAGGAAUUGAUUGAUCGUGUCGGUGAGGCGUAUAUCAAUGGGGAGCGGAAGAAGGCAAUCGGAGACGCAAGCUCCGCGAAGCAUAAUGGAAAGCCCACAUUAAUGGAAAAGGCGAGGGCAAAGGAAAUGGCAUAG